CGGGCACAGCAGCCCGAAGCCGCGCACGGCGAGCACUCCGCGUCCCCGGCCGGGCUCGGCUUCGCAGACAAAGCCCCGCGCACCUCUGCGCAAAAAGAGCGCGGCGCGGCGCCGGGCGGGCGCAGACAAAGCGGGGCAGGCGGCGGAGCGCCGCAGCAUGCGGGGCCGCGCAGGGCUUCCUCUGCGGGUGGGCUGCUGCCGCGGCUCUUUUUUUUUUUUUUUUUUUUUUUUUUCGCUGCGUGUGAGUGUUAUUUUUUUUUUUUUUCUCCUCUCUUCACCAACUUCCUUCCUGCUCCAACUGCCAAAGCUCGAGGCUGAGCGCUGACAGCAGAGGAGGACCCCGGCCGCAGGCGCCGCUCCGCCGACCGAGUGACCAUGACUGAGAAGACACAAGAGCCUCAUGUGGAGGAUGAUGAUGAUGAGCUGGAUGGGAAACUCAAUUACAAACCUCCUCCCCAGAAAACACUGCAGGAGCUGCAAGAGUUGGACAAGGAUGAUGAAAGCCUCGCCAAGUACAAGAAGUCCCUGCUGGGAGAUGGACCUGUGGUAGUAGACCCAACAGCUCCCAAUGUGGUGGUCACCCGACUCACUCUGGUGUGUGACUCUGCUCCAGGACCCAUCACUAUGGACCUUACAGGUGACCUCGAAGCACUCAAGAAAGAGACCUUCGUAUUAAAGGAAGGGGUGGAAUACAGAGUUAAGAUCCAUUUCAGAGUAAACAGGGACAUUGUGUCGGGACUGAAAUACGUGCAGCACACCUAUCGGACAGGGGUGAAGGUGGACAAAGCCACGUUCAUGGUUGGCAGCUAUGGGCCACGGCCAGAGGAGUACGAGUUCCUGACGCCUAUUGAAGAGGCUCCCAAGGGUAUGCUGGCUCGAGGCACCUACCACAACAAAUCCUUCUUCACAGAUGAUGACAAGCACGACCAUCUCACCUGGGAGUGGAACCUGUCCAUCAAGAAGGAAUGGACAGAAUGAGUUCACCCAGUUUGCCUUCCCCCUUCCUAUCCCCUUGCCUCCUGCACCAGUCUCCAGGCCUUUGCUGCUUCUUCUCAUACACUGAAAACAACCCAACCACCACCCCAUCAUGACACCAUAAUGGGUUAAAUUGGGAAGCAUCUCCCUCCCUCUCCCCCAGUACUUCCUCCUGCUGUCCCCGUCUCUCCCAUACCAACUCCAGUCCUGGAAGUGCCUUUUCGAGGAAACAAGAUCACCUGGCAGGGGUGGACUGGUCCCUGGAAAAUCCCUAUCUUGAGUUACACUUGCCAUGUGCUCUGACUCAUUGUAAAGGGUUACUUACCUCCCACGAUGGUCUCCUGGUCUGUAUCUGGUGCCCUACCCUGUUAAAAUCCAUCCUUGUGCAGGCAAAGCCAGGCAGGGGGAAUGCAGCUAGAUGCCGACACAAGACUUCAGUGUCUGAGAAUAAAACCAGUUUCUUUCUUCUUUUCUG